AUGUGGCGCUUCCUCAUGGGCAUUGGCAUGCUGCUCCACCGCAUGGCGCCUCCCCACCCUCCUAAACCAUCGUUCAAGCGCUCCAUUAAGGCCACCGUCAGUUCCAAGCCUGGUGACUUCGACCUGCACUUUUACGUGCCCAAGGAUUACGAACAACACCGCCGCACAAACUUUGCAAAGAAAAAGUACCCCUGCGUCAUCAACUUCCACGGCGGAGGCUUCACCUUGGGCAGCCCUAGUGAUGAUGCCCGCUGGUGCGGAACUGUCGUCGACGAAUGUGCUGCCGUUGUCGAUGGAGUCGACGCUGUGCUGUACAUGGCCAACAACGCCGACGAACUCGGCAUUGACGAAAACAAGAUCGCUCUAUCUGGCUUCAGCUCCGGUGCCAACAUGGCCUUCACCGUACCCCUCCGCCUUUAUGACCACCAGAGCGAGUUUGGCAGAAUCGAGACUCAUGGUGCGAGUUCAUCCCUGCUAAGUCUGCCCAGGACUCAAGAUCCCAGCUCGUCCAGUCUGAGCGUCGACCGCAUCAUACGCAGCCGCAGUCAUACGGUUGCUCCCACCUUGGCCUCGCUGCAGAAACAGCAAAUGACGGUCAAGCAAGUCGAGUCGGUCCAGUCUGUUUCUGUUUGCGCCAUCGUCCCUUGGUACCCGUCUUGCGACUACACCCAAACCCGUGAAGAGCGCAGAAACACUUCGGUCCGCACCGAUCAGGAUCUCCCCGCCAUCUUUACCAAUCUGUUUGACGAGUCAUACCUUCAUCCUCCAGACACGAUUCCUCUCGACUCCCCCUACCUCUCGCCUGGCAUUGCACCCACAGCCUUCCUCGCCGAAGCCCUGCCCCAAGACAUCAUCAUGCAUACCUGUCAAUGGGACAUGCUCUUGGCCGAGGGCGAAAAGUUCCGCGACCGCUUGACCGGCAAGGGCAUCAACAAGACCGUCCAUUACAAGAUGAUUGAAGGCGUGCCUCACGGCUGGGACAAGGCACCCAACCCUCUCAAACCUACUCCUGGUGUCAAGGAGCACUAUCUCAAUGCUACCAACCAUCUACGACGAAUCUUUGCCAAACAAGGCGGUAAUGCUAACGAAGAUGCAACCAUUGGUGGUGUAGCUGGUGAAGGCAGAAGAAUGAGUACACUGGUCAAUUAG